AAUGAACAAAUUCAAAUAUGUAGCUAUACAGAAAUAAGAUCAACUAAGAAUCAGUCCAACAGUGUUGUGCUUGAAUAAAAGUAGAAUAAGAAAUAGAAAAGAAUGAGAAUAAAUAAAUACAAUAGUGCAAAACUGAAUUUUCCAUGCUUUAUAAAUGAAACCAGACAAGAUUUUAAAACCAUAAAACAUUCCCAUGAUGUAAAAGCAGUUCAAACUAUAAACGUUCUGCUUGUUUGACCUCUCGCUUGUGUCUUUUACCUAAUGCAUGAAACUGAGACCAUGAAUCACAUUAUUAGCUCACUAAUUCGAAUUGUUGUGGUGGCGUGACGUGGGCUCAGUGCACUCCGGAUCAGCAGGUGGCGCUGUAUAUCAUUGUACAUCUGUACAGUAACAAUGACGCGCGUUUUAAGUCAGGGAAGAAAAACUCAGCCAGUAAGAAGCGGAAGAGCUGCGCAUGAGCGUUGUGCAACAUGGAGGUGUCGGUGAGCGCUUUGGGCCGCAGAGGUUCUACCUGCGUGUUUCCGGUCGGUUCUGUGGUCAGGCACGUCCUGGACCGGCUCGUGCCGCUUCCGGAGGAUUUCUACGUCACCAGAGAUGGGCGCCGGGCACACCUGGACGAUCCUCUGGAGCAUGGAGCCGUCUAUCAUCUGGAGCUCCGCCUCCUUGGAGGGAAAGGAGGGUUUGGUUCAAUGCUGCGCGCGCUCGGUGCUCAGAUUGAAAAGACGACCAAUCGAGAGGCCUGCAGGGACCUCAGUGGGCGGAGACUCAGAGACGUCAACCACGAGAAAGAGAUGGCGGACUGGCUGAAGAAGCAAGCAGAGCGCGAGGCAGAGAAGGAGCAGCGGCGUCUGGAGCGCUUGCAGAGGAAGCUCAAUGAGCCCAAACACCAGUUCACCGACGCAGAGUACCAGCAGCAGUGUCACGACCUGUCCGAGCGACUCGAGGACUCGGUGCUCAGAGGUCUGCAGGCUUCCUCCAGCAGCCAGGUGAAGGUGGACGACAUGUGCGGCGCCAAGAGGCUGAACUGUGAUCAGAGUGAGCAGCCUGCGAAGAAGAAGACGAAGACAGCAGGAGGAGGGGGGUGCUUCUGGACGGGGCUGGAGGAGAUGGACGAGCCGAUGAGCUCAGAUGAUGAUGAGGCUCCGUCCACAUCCAGCCGUGAAACUGCUGCUGCCAUCGUUACCAUGACAACACGAAGAGAGGCAGAGGAGGGUAGCAGUGGAAGCACCAGAACCACACAGAUCCCCAAGGAGACCUCCAGGGACCAGACUGAGACACCGUCAGAGGACCGGAGUGUUCAGCGUUCCGUCGAGUGCGAGAAUAUUAAUCACAGACGACAUUUACUCUUUCCUGAUGAGCUUUCUGAUUGGUUCAGACAAUCACACGUAUAUUUUAUUAGAGGUUCUGUCCAGUCAGAAAGCAGGAUGUUCACACACAUCUGUGCUUCAGUUUGAAUUUAACCACUUCCUGUUCAGUUUUCAAUAAACGUCUGAAACUAAACAUCA